CUCCUUACUUUAAAUAAAUCAUCCCUAAAAUUAAUUAUUCCCACCAUAUUUCUUCUGCUCCAUACCACACUUCACCAUAAAAUCUCUAUAUAAAUUUUCUCAGCAGCAGUAACUACCUUGGCCCCAAAACCUAUCUGUCUCUGAAUCUUGGCAAAGUAAUAGCAACCAUAACAAUAACGACAAAAAUAUACGUGAAUUAUUUUUCUCUUUCUCCUUCGUCUCUCCUUCAUAAACCCAUUAUUAAUUUUUUUUAUAAUACUACUAUUAUUCAUGAAUGCAUUGAAGAUGUCACAGUGAGAACAAAAAAAAAGUUUUCCAGGCAUGGCUUCACGUGAUGACAUCUUCCUCGACCAAGAACUUCGAGAAAAGAUACUCAGAAAGUGAAGUGAGAGAGAGAGAAAAUGCCGGGGAAUUUUAAUGCUUCUUCUUCUCUUCUUAGUGCUCACUACCAGAAGAUUUCUUUCCGCCAUUAAAGAGCAGAGUAGAGCAGAGCUCUCACUUUCUUCUUCUUCUUCUUCAUUUUUUACCUUUCCCUUUUUUGCUUCGAUCGAGAUGCUUUAGCAUAAUGGGGCAGAUCUGGAAAGUGACUUAAUAAUAGAAAGUGAUGGCUUUGAGGAGAUUCAUGGGAUGCUUUUUAUGGAAACUCGAUUUCGAACUGUAUCAAUCAUUUCUGUUUCUUUUAUGAGCUGAGGAAAAGAGCCACUCUUUCUGAUUUGAUUGAUUCAUCAUUCAUCGACAAUGGCUUCUUCUUCUUCUUCUUCGUCUUCGAGUACGGUGUCGUUCGUAGUCUUUGCAUUUACAGUCUUCUUCUGUUUGGUUACUCCGGCGAGAUCUAGCGACGUCGAAGCUUUACUAAGCUUGAAAUCUUCAAUCGAUCCAUCUAAUUCGAUUUCUUGGAGAGGAACAGAUCUCUGCAACUGGCAAGGUGUUAGAGAAUGUAUGAAUGGAAGAGUCUCCAAGCUUGUUCUUGAGUACUUGAAUCUCACCGGCUCACUUAACGAGAAGAGUUUGAACCAGUUGGAUCAACUUAGGGUUCUUAGUUUCAAAGCUAACUCUCUCUCCGGUUCAAUCCCUAACCUCUCCGGUUUGGUUAACCUCAAAUCGGUUUAUCUUAACGAUAACAACUUCUCCGGCGACUUCCCGGAGUCUCUCACGUCUCUUCACCGAUUGAAAACUAUUUUCCUCUCCGGAAACAGACUGUCCGGUCGAAUCCCUAGCUCGUUGCUUCGUCUCUCUCGUCUUUACACGCUCAAUGUUGAGGACAAUCUCUUCACUGGUUCGAUUCCUCCUCUUAACCAGACAAGUCUCAGAUACUUCAAUGUAUCCAACAAUAAGCUCUCUGGUCAAAUUCCACUGACACGAGCUUUGAAGCAGUUUGAUGAGUCAUCGUUUACCGGAAACGUCGCUCUUUGCGGCGAUCAGAUUGGAAGUCCAUGCGGAAUCUCACCUGCGCCGUCUGCGAAACCAACGCCUAUACCUAAGUCUAAGAAGAGCAAAGCGAAGCUGAUCGGGAUUAUCGCCGGAAGCGUUGCCGGCGGAGUACUAGUCCUUAUCUUGCUAUUGACGUUGCUUAUCGUCUGCUGGCGACGGAAGCGGCGGAACCAGGCACCGAGGGAAGAUAGAAAAGGUAAAGGAAUAGCGGAAGCAGAAGGAGCAACAACUGCAGAGACAGAGAGAGACAUUGAGAGGAAAGACAGAGGAUUCUCAUGGGAAAGAGGCGAAGAAGGUGCAGUGGGAACUCUGGUUUUCCUUGGAACCAGUGAUUCAGGCGAGACGGUAGUGAGAUACACCAUGGAAGAUCUGCUAAAAGCUUCGGCAGAGACAUUGGGAAGAGGAACGUUGGGGAGCACGUACAAGGCUGUGAUGGAGUCUGGGUUCAUUGUCACUGUGAAGAGGCUCAAGAACGCAAGGUAUCCUCGCAUGGAGGAGUUCAAGAGACAUGUUGAGAUCCUUGGACAGCUCAAACACCCAAAUCUGGUGCCUCUCAGAGCCUAUUUUCAAGCCAAGGAAGAACGCUUGCUCGUCUACGAUUACUUCCCUAAUGGCAGUCUCUUUACUCUUAUUCACGGAACUAGGGCUUCUGGAAGUGGGAAGCCUCUUCACUGGACUUCAUGCCUGAAAAUAGCUGAGGACUUGGCCUCAGCUCUGCUCUACAUACAUCAGAAUCCUGGCUUGACUCAUGGGAAUUUGAAAUCGUCCAAUGUCUUGUUAGGUCCUGAUUUUGAGUCCUGCCUCACGGAUUACGGCCUCAGCACUCUCCAUGACCCUGACUCAGUUGAAGAAACAAGCGCAGUGUCUCUCUUUUACAAAGCUCCAGAGUGCAGAGACCCACGGAAAGCCUCUACACAGCCCGCUGAUGUGUAUAGCUUUGGGGUUCUUCUUCUCGAGCUUCUAACAGGUAGAACACCAUUCCAGGACCUUGUUCAAGAAUAUGGGUCAGAUAUCUCAAGAUGGGUGCGUGCAGUGAGAGAGGAAGAGACUGAAUCAGGUGAGGAACCGACUUCUUCAGGCAACGAAGCAUCAGAGGAGAAACUUCAGGCACUUUUAAGUAUCGCAACGGUUUGUGUGACCAUUCAACCCGAUAACCGGCCUGUGAUGAGAGAGGUGUUGAAGAUGGUGAGGGAUGCAAGGGCUGAAGCACCAUUCUCGUCUAACAGUAGCGAACAUUCGCCCGGGAGAUGGUCGGAUACCGUUCAGAGCUUGCCAAGGGAUGAUCAAGUGAGCAUUUAGAGAAAUUGGGUGGGCCUUCUUCAUUGCUUUCAUAGAAUGACACGUGUGAUUCUUGAAGUAGGGUUCAUAGUGUAAAGCUUCUUUUUUAUUUUGUAACGCCAUUUUGAUUCAUCGACCUUGUAGGACUUGCAUAAGAUCUAUUGAAUUGAGAUGCUGGCAUUGAGUAGUUGAAGAACAGAAGAAUCUUUUUUUUUUCAUUCUUACUCUUUCUUUAAAUAACACGACAUUCAAUAGCAUCUUUUCAUUGACAUGUAAUACAACUUUAAGGAG